GUGUCCAGUUUGCUGCCUGGCAGCAUCACUACACCAGCGCCAUGAGGCCUGACGGCAAGCUAAAGCGGCAGGCGGCUCAGCGCGAAGCUAAUAGCAACGCAGCAGGACCCCGCGGCGCUGCAUGGUCAGAGGGCGCAGGCCGGGCCCCACCGGCUGUCAAUGCCGCCAAGUAUGGCGCCAGCUACCGGGUGUCGAGAAUGAACUACGACAACUCAGCGGAGGCAAUGAUGCAGCAGCAGCAACAGCAGCAGAUGCUGCAGAUGCAAAUGCAGCAGCAGCGUGCCUCCAGUGCAGGGCAACUUACAAAUCGGUCGGAGACGCCGACGCAGACGCCGGGCACUCAGAUGGGCUUGCUUGGAAGUAUGGGUGUUGGACAUCAGUACAGGCGAA